CUUUUGAAAACCGCACCAGUUCACUUUCACCCAUCAUUUGAAGCUGGUUUUACCUUCUCAUCAUCAUCAUGAAAGGUUUUUAAAUCUCCCGCUCCCCUUUGCCAAUUUCUACUUUUCCUCAAAAACACACAUUCAACAGAAAGAAAAUCUGAAGAAGAAAAUGGGGAGUCGAGAAAAGGAUCUGAAAAGGUCAUUUAAGCUUGCUCUUAACCUCCUUCUCACCACUUUCUCCAAACAGGAUUUCUGCAAUGCGUUUCCGAAUUUUACUCAGGCAGAACAAGACCGUAUGCAUCGUCUAUAUAUUCAGGUUAUUGUAUCUGUGCAUCAGAAUAUCGAGGAUGAGUUUGAACGUUUGUGCGAGGAGACUAAGCUGGGAAGUGUUCUUGAAACCGUAGAAGAACUUGUUGAAGAACAAACCCUGGAUCCUCUACAUCCUGAAAAGACAAACGUUAAAGAUGUUGCACAAGCUUUGUCCACAUCGAAAAAGAAUGAGAUUAAAAACCUUACAGCUAUCCUGGAAAAGUCAGAAGAACAGAAGAAAGUCUUGAGAAAUCGUGUUGAACAUUUACGAAAGGAAAUACAAGGUCUUUCUAGUGCAUCAAAUACUCUUGGGAAGGCUAAGACAGGAGUGUUGAAGACUGUCACAAGCAACCAGGCUUAAACACCAGGUUUCUCCUCGCGUGAAAAGAAAUGGCAAAUAUUCCUGUUUUGAACUCAAAGUGAGUGUAAGUUUAGCUGAUUAGUGUGCCAAACAAUACAUGGAUUUUGUCACCACCAUCUUAGUGACAUCCUACUGAUUUUUGUAAUUCUAUUUCUUAUAAAGCGACACGAAUUAGUAUCUCAACAGCCAUCCUCCCAUGUUGGUUUUCAUUAGUGUCCUGGACGAUUCCUAUCUUAUUGAUUGUUGGAUGUGUUUUUCUGUUUGCUUCA